ACUGGGUUUCUACAUUAGUGUUUCUACACGGAAUAUGAAAAAAGUAGUUCAGUAACAAACAGAUCAUAUGAAACCCUUACAGUGAACACUUUUAAAUCAUAAUGUGGAUUUUCGUACGGGGACUGCAAAAAUGUCGAAGGAAGCGUAUGAUGAAAUGUCAGUUUUAUCUGCCAUAUACUGUGAACAGAACGAGUUCGAGCUGUUAGAAGAGUCAGCUGAGAGGGGAAUCGUCUACCGCAUACACGCACUGAUUGAAAGAAACAAUGAGAAGACACCACUAGCCCUAACAUUCCACAUCUGCCCUGACUACCCUCACACCCCUCCAGAUGUCAGCAUCGCUUCCAGCCACUUGUCGAGAAAACAGUGUCAAGACCUGAGGCUGCAUUUACUGGAAACAGCACGAUCACUUCCACCAGAGCCCAUGGUCCACGACUUAAUGCUGAGGCUUCAGGAAAACUUCUCAGACUUGAUCAAAACAUCAAGCUGCGAUUCAGCGGAGAUCAGACCAGAAUCUACAGAAGAAACCUGGACUGCUUUACUACAUUUAGAUCACAUGAGGUCCAAAGCAAAAUACAUCAAACUUAUCGAAAAAUGGGCUUCAGAACUGUGUCUCACUGGGAGACUCUUUACAGGGAAGCCCAUAUUGAUUCUUCUGCAAGGAAGAAAGGAAAAUAUUAAAGAAUACAUCCACCUUCAGAAGACGGUAAAAGUAGAUGUUGACUCUUCAGGGAAACGCUGUAAGGAAAAGAUGAUGAGCGUCCUGUGUGAGAUUCCACAGCCAGAGAAGAUACUGAUGUCUACAUUUGAAGUUAAAGAUAUUUUAUCACUUGAGGACCUCAGAAGGGAGUUUGAUCUUAUUGGACUGCCUGAGCUUUAUAAGCAGUUUGUGUGUCCACUCAUCCGACAGGAAGCUGCUGUGUAACACACACUCUCUCCACUGGGAGGAGCCAGACUCAAUUACUGUCUACAGUUCUUUGAUGGAAUCCCAUCAUAAAAUGCAUCAUGCAUUUUUAUAUAUAUAAUUAUUAUUAAAUUGCCUAUUUUCUAUAAAUGUAUUUAAGGAAUAGUUCACCCAAAAAUGAAAAUUGGCUGAAAAUGUACUCAUUGUCAGGCUGUCCAAGAUGUAGAUGAGUUUGUUUCUUCAUCAGAACAGAUGUAGAGAAAUUGAUGGAUAGGAGAAUCAGAAUGAGGCGAAUCAGCCAUUAGAAUAUCAGUUAAAUUAAAAACAUCACAAUUAUUCCACAGGAAUAAUCAAUUAACAUCUUGUAAAGUUGAAAGCUGUGUAUUUAUAAGAAACAAAUACAUUUUUAAACUCUUGCUUCUGGCUAAAAUAUAAGUCAGUUGUUACUGGAGGAAGCAUUAUUAUAUUUUGCCCAGAAAAAGAAGUUUAAAGUUGAAACAUCUUAAUAAUGGAUUUAUGCUCUGUUUAAACUCUCAUUCUGAUGGCACCCAUUCACUGCAGAGGAUCCAUUGGUGAGCAAGUGAUAUAUGCUACAUUUCUCCAAAUCUGUUCAGACGAAGAAAGAAACUUCCACAUCUUGGAUGACAACUUGGAUUUUUAUUUUUAUUUUUGGGUGAACUAUUCCUUUAGGGUGGCAUAUCAAUAUUCAAGUGUAAUACAAUUUUUUAUUUUUUUUAUAUUACUAUUAGCCAAAAUUGAGUGGAAAGAGGAAAUAUGCUUGAAUUUAAUGACAGCAGCAUUCAAGCUGCAUGAACUAUACACGUCUGUGUUAAACCUGUUGAACAUAUUCUCCAGCAUGAAAGCGUCUCAAAUUUAUAUAUUCGAUUUGUGACUUACAAAUCUUAAAUAUUUCGAAUUCAAUAGGUGCACUUUUUUAAAUCUCAUGUUUCAAAUUUUUGGACCCCAAAGUAAGAGUGGUAGCAGUCAGAUAUGUCCCCAGUUAUGUAGGGACUUCGAGAUUUGACUUGCAAUGGCAGAGUUAAAGCUCUAGGGGGCAAAAACAAGCCGUGGUUACUGCUUCAGUUUAUUUAAUGCAAAAUCAAUGAUCUUACUUUCUCCUCACUAUAAGAACAAACACUUAGUACAAAGUUUUCUUCUUAAUGUUAAGAAUAGAACUCAGCGUGUUUCUUUAAUACAAUUAAGACAAAGUAAAUCUUUGGUGUGAAGAUGCUCUUUAAAUUAAACUUGUAAAUUGAAUUGGGCACACUUACUGACCUUAAAGACUGCUUUUGUGCUUUAAACAAAUUAAGACUCAUCUUCUAAUUUAUGGUUACUUUUCUGCAAGUUAAUAAGCGAUCUAUUUUAUAAGAGAUUGGUUUUUCAACAUCAACUUUAAUUAGGCAAAAGGUAUGAAGCAAUUCUGUUUUUAGCUCUGUUUUUUUUAUAUACACCCACAUGCACACGUUGAAUAGCUGGCUGUCAUCUUAUGUUUAUCUUAUACACAUUGUGCAGACAGCUGUUGCCGAGGAGGUUCCAGGAGCAACUGACAUGAAAUUACUUUUUUUAAACAUAAUUAACAAGGCUUAAUGAAAAUCACCUCCUCGCCCUUUACAAUGAUCCACUCUGAACUAUAAAUUCACCUUGCCUGACCUUUUCCCUGACAUGUUCUUACAAAACAACACUGCUUGUUAAAUGUCAUCCACUCAGUGGCAUUUACUUGUAUAAAACAGGGCUUUGAUCCGGAGGAGAAGCACACUUUCCUACCUUUCCUAAGCCACAAGGCCACGCUCGGCGACCCUGUUACCUGUUGAAUAUUUUAAUUACGGCCCAUUAAAAAUGUACAAAGGUUAGGUUGAACUUAAAAUUUACUGGCCAAAUGACAUUUUAAUUUGGCAAAUGAAUGCUACAUCUAUGACUUUUGUUCUUUGCUUUUUCUGAUCCUGCUAAAAGCGGCGAUUUGGAAUUCUGUCCGACCGCUGAAUGCAGAGGCACGGCUGAGUCGAACCGAUGCGGCCCUCCAUGUCCAACUUUACCGCAGUCGAUGCAGUAUGAAGUCCAUCACAAGCAGGCCCUGGGCCCUCAGCACUCAUCCCACCCAAACCUUUACGAUUAGCCUCAGUCUGAAUGAUCCCGCAACUUUCAUUUCAAAAGAAACUUAAUCACAGCGACACAUUCCUGCUGUGCGCUGCGUUUUCAUACAGCAUCUGCCUUAAUAUUUUCAUAAUAUAUUCGAAUUUUUAAAAGGAAUGGAAAUCAUAUUACUUUUCAUUAAAAUUGUAUGUAAUUAAUUAAA